AUGGACGUGGAGGCUUCAGUUAGCAUCCUCCUCAUGGCUCGUGGUGUGAGCAAGUGUCCAGACACCUGCUUUCUUGUAUUUAGAUGGUGGGAUGGUGACAACCUGAUACUGGAGGGAGGACUCCUGGAACUCAGUAGCUACCACUGCAACUUUCUUAUCUACCACAGCAUCCACAGUCACAGCAACCUUCAGUGUCUUGAGAGCAUCGUCAUUGAGGAGUCGAAUGUGGAAGGACCAUUGCACUUCAGCGACACUAGGCUCAGGGGAAUGAAGAUUGAAGUGGCUGUGGAUGCUGUGGCAGAGGCAAAGGCUGGGGUUGAAGCUUCUCAGUUCCAAGAAUCCUCCUUCCAGUAUCAGUUUGUUGAAAUCUUAGAAUCGAAAUUAGAAGACCUCAGAAAGAGGAAACUGUUGGACCCACAGCCCAGCUACAUGAAACAAUACUGGAGAUCAAGGAGGAACCUCUAUGUGGUGACCAUGAUCGUGGAGUUGCUCAACAGCCCUGUGCUGCGAGACAUCAGCAGUGGGAGUGCUUCUGGAGGUGUCUCCUCCCUUUGGAAUUCUAUCAAGGUUAAAGCAGAAGGAAAGUUUGACACAGGAAGAGGAUUGGAGCUGAGUCUACAGAAGGGCAUGGUGAUGGCCUAUAAGAAGAAGCUGCUUGUUUUAGAGGAUGAUAGUUGGGAUGUUCUUGAUGACCCAUAUGAUAUGGGGAAAAGUUUUCCAGAAGAAGCGAGGUCUAGUAGUCGGUCAAUAGAAAUGAAGUAUGAUCCUCACGGUCCCUGCUCCAUGAUGGAUUUCGAGUGCAUGACAGAAGAGGUUUCCAGCAGAGUGAGGAUGGUGGCUUUGCUGUCAAGGAACAUUCAGGGCGUCAUAUUUGUUAAUAUCCAAGCUAUGCUGGGGGACCGACAGGCUCUGCAGGACCUCAUGGACACGCUUGAGCAGGAGAAACCCUUGGGUCAUUUGAGUGGCCCUGGUGCCACCAUCCUGGAUGAGCUGGGAAGGAUCCCAGGGUACCUACAUGUUGCCCAAGUGAAUCUCAUCCUUUACUUGCUUGAAGCCAUAAUGGUGCUGAGUGACACCCAACAUGCUCUGCUGGCCCAGUCCAUGGAGAAGAGGAUCCUGCUCCAUCAGCGGGAGCUGGUACGGAGCAUCCUGGAGCCCAACUUCAACUGUCCCGGGUGCAUUCCCUUCACCCUGGACCCGCAGCUCCUGGCCCCCCUGCAGGAUGAGGGUGUGGCCAUCACCUAUGGGCUGCUGCAGGAGUGUGGGCUGAGGAUGGAGCUGAACGACCCCCAGUCCACCUGGGAUCUGGAAGCCAAGGAGCCCCUGUCUGCCCUGUAUAUGUCUCUGUGUCUGCUGCAGCAGCUGAGUGAGGCCUGAGUACCCCUGGGGUGCAGGAGUCCAGGGAGGUCAGCCCCACCCAUCUGUGCUGUGGUAUCCUUGUGGGCUCAGGGUGUUAGGGCUCCCCUCUCUGCCUUUCACGGUGGGACCAACAGGGACUUGAGGGAACAUUCUGGGGUGGUGGAAAAUCUGUCUUGCUCAGAAUUCAUUGGUCAAAACUCACCAUAGUGUCCUGAGGAAUGGAGCAUUUCAUUACAAGUAAAUUUUACUUUGAAACAGUGUAAACUGAUGUUGAGUUUUAGUGACUAUGAAUUGUGAAGUGGUUCCAGUGAAUUAUGUUGAUAUCUAUUACAUACUUUGAAAUGCAUCAAAAAAUCAGUUAUAGGGGUCUCCUUGGUAGGCUAGGGGUUAAGUCUCAGCAUUUUCACCUCUGUGGCCUGAGUUCGAUGCCCGGCCAGGAAGGUAACCCACAUGGCACCCCAGAGCUCUCCUGUCUCCCCUCAGCAGUGCAUUUCAGUAGAUCUGCCUGUUCUGCUCCCCAAUCUGUCUCUGGUGAAUCUUCUCACCCCUUCACACCCCUGGUCUACAUCCCAUUUUCCUUGCACAAAGAAAUAAAUGAAUAUUAAAAAAAAAUCACGUCUAUUGAUUCCGGUAGGAAGAGCUAUGUGACCAGGAAAUGUGGAAGGUGUUGAAGAUACGGGACUAAGGCUGUAAGAUAGACUAGAAUUCUCUUUUAUUCUU